AUGGAGAAGCCAGAGCCUCUUAUGCGCACCGACUUCCCAGAUCGUCAUUGGGAAAAAUUGGGGUCCGAUCUGUUCUACUGGAAAGGGGUCAACUAUCUACUAGUGAUUGACUACUCCUGCCGAUACAUCGAGAUUGCUAAGCUGAAUUCCACAACCUCGGAAGUGAUAAAUGGCCACCUCAAAUCAAUAUUCGCGCGUCAUGGAAUUCCGGAUACCUUGAUAUCGGACAACGGCCCGCAAUAUGCGAGUGCAACAUUUCAGAAAUUUGCACGAGAUUACGGGUUCAAACACUCGACGAGUAGCCCCCAUUACCCACAAGGGAAUGGUGAAGCUGAGAGAGCUGUACAGACCGUAAAAAGACUACUUAGUGGCUCUCAAGAUCCUUACUUAGCUCUACUAGCUUAUCGUGCUACACCACUACGGAACGGCUACAGUCCUUCGGAACUACUGAUGAGCCGGAAACUUCGAACAACACUUCCAGAGAGUCCAACAAAUCUCUCUCCUAAGUGGCCAGAUCCAGAGUCUGUUCGUGACCAAGAACGGGUAGAUCGAACAUCUCAAAAGCUCUUCUUCGAUAGAUCACACCGUGCAGUCCGACGCUCAGAGUUACAUCCCGGGGAUACAGUGUGGGUAAAAGGACCCGGUGGUGGGUUCAGUGGUACUAUCGCCAAAUCACUGAAUGGUCGCUCAUACUGUGUUAAGAUUCGACGAAACAGGAGACAGCUGGUCCAAGCUCCAGCUAUGAGUCCGGGUAUUCCCCGAAGGAAACUUUGUAAUAUAAACCGUACAACCACAACGGCGCCCACGUUAGCCUUAUUGACAGGGCUGCAGGGGAAUUAUGUGUUGUAUGGUAAAUACGAAGAUCAGUGUAAGGAGGCAUGA